UUCAUUAUUUAUUUUCAAUAAUGACAAAUAGAGUGACGCUAUUCGCCUUAUUCACCCGGAACGUUUUAAAGACGUUGAGGGGUACACUUCAGGGCAGGGUGGUACAUCCGGCAACACACCCAGCUGUCAUGGCGCCUCACUGUUGUGUGCCCAAAUGUACGUCCUCAAAGAGAAAAAAAUCCUACCGUGGACAGACUUUCCACCGCUUCCCCAAAGACCAGGCACUUCGGCGUGAAUGGAUAAAUCACAUCAAGAGGGAUCCUGGUCCAUAUUUCAAGAUCAAUGCUGAGACCAAGGUUUGCUCUGAGCACUUUGAGAAGCAGUGCUUUAUAAAGACCUUCUGUGGUAUCACAAAGCUAAUAAAGGAUGCUGUGCCAACUUUAUUUGCCUGGACUUCAGAGAGGCCAAAGAGGAGAAUCAUCAAUCGCAGACCGAGUACGGAUUCCAUGGAGGUGGAUGAAAACCAGCCUGAUGAGAACCAGCCUGAUGUGAGAAGGGAUGGCUUGAGCACAGAUGUACCUACUCCACACCUGUACCAUGAUUAUGCUGCUCCACCGCUGACACCAGAGGAACAACUUGAGGCGGCUCGCAAGCACAUCAUUGAGCAAGACAAGUUAAUAGCACAACUUCAAGAUAAAGUGUUCAAUGUGUCAAGAUUCCAGUGUGAUGACAGUCAGAUGUCAUUUUACACAGGAUUUCCAGACUAUGCCACCUUUAAAGCUGUAUAUAUGGCUCUACAGCCCACAGCCGCAAGCAUGGUUGGAUGGAGUCAGGCUCAAACAGAGGUACAGGUCAGUAGACAGGCGUUUAAUAUCCCCAAACUAGCAACUAUGGACCAGUUCUUUCUCUUUCUCUGUUGCCUCAGACAGGGUUUUGCUGAGCAGGACCUUGCAGUGCGCUUUGGUGUGUCACAGUCAACUGUCAGCAGAGUCUGUGUCACCUGGGCCAACUAUCUAUACUUCAUGUUAGGAUCUCUCCCCAUUUGGCCUUCAAAAGCCACAGUAGAUGAAUGUAUGCCUACUUGUUUUCAAAACACUUACCCAGACACCAGAGUCAUUCUAGACUGUACAGAAAUAUAUGUGCAAAUGCCUAGUUUGAAGGUACUUAACUCCGAAAUCGAUUCCCAUUACAAGGACAACCCAACUUUCAAAGGCCUGAUUGGAAUUGCCCCGUCUGGUGAGGUGUCAUUCGUUAGUGACCUGUACACAGGCUCCAUAUCCGACAAGGAGAUUACAGAAUUGUCCGGCAUCCUGGCAAUGCUUGAAGAAGGCGAUUUAGUCAUGGCAGACAAAGGGUUUCUGAUUAAGGAAAUGCUAUCAAAAUUAAAUGUCUCCCUUGUGACUCCACCCUUUUUAGGCCCAAGUGGCACUUUCAAUGCAGAUGAAGUCACAGAAACACAAACAAUCGCAAGACUUCGCAUUCAUGUUGAACGUGCGAUAAGGAGAAUAAAAGAGUUCCACAUAUUUGAUGGCGUCAUACCCAUGACACUAGCAGGCUCUGUUAACCAGAUGUGGGCAGUGAGUGCAUUGUUAACAAACUUCCAAGGCCCAUUAUUCUGAAAUUCUGAAAAAUUCAGUCACAAGUGAAAUAGGAAACACGCAUUGAAUUGAUGUUUAUUUGUACAAAUCUCUCAUGCUUUAAAUGUACAUCAUAUUCAUGAUAUCAUCUUAUUAUACUAAAUGUUAUUAUUAUAUAAUAAUGUAUUGUAUUAUGCAUACACCACUUUUCUCUGAAAUAGUAAUAAACAAAUCCAUGAAAUGCAAUCAUUUGUUUUGUUUACUGACUUUUUUGUACAGUGCAGGCAGGAAGGAGGAGAAAAAAACUAUCAAGUUUAGCGUUUAUCU